ACGUCUAACCGGAUAUCCACGCACGUUUACUUCCUGAUCCGGCAGUCGCGUCGAUGUUGAGACAAAACAGUGAAAAAUACGAUUUUACAAACACAAUAGAUGGACCGACACUGGACGUUCCUUUCAAAUUACCAAGCGGAGGCCGUGGUCGAAGCACCCACAUCAGAUGUGUUAAAGGUAACAGUUGUGAAAGAGGAAGUGCAGGAGCGUCUGUUGCUCAAGCAGGAAGAGGAGGAGUGCGAAAUCAGCCCAGAGGACGCUGACGUCGCCAAUUUCAGCGUGAAGCGAGAGGAUGACGAACACAAAGAAGCCCAUGGGCCACAUCUUCAUGAGAACGGCGGGGCGGAUUCAAGUGAUCGCGUGACCACGCAAGCAGACGCCAUUUUGGCUCCACUGUCAGAUUAUGAAGAAGAAGAAUCUCCUGAUACGGCCGAGCGCGGCAAAGAAAAGAAACGCUUGAAACGUCCCGCUGAGCGUAAAAAACGUUUCAUAUGUCGCGAAUGCGAGAAGAGUUUUGUCCACGAGCGGAAUCUUGUAACGCACACGAGGAUCCACACGGGGGAAAAACCUUUCAGCUGCUCCGUUUGCGGUAAACGCUUCAGCCAGAGUGCCAAUCUGCUGGCUCACGGCCGCGUCCACACGGGCGAAAAACCUUUUUCGUGCUCGCUCUGCGGCGGGAGGUUCUCUCAGAAGGGACAUUUGAUGAGACACAAAGCAACGCACCGCCGCGACAAACCUACUCCGUGCGGCGUCUGCAACGCUGAUUUUUAUCACCGAUCGGCGCUACUGGAACACAUGAGGACGCACGCCAGGGAGAAACUCUUCUCCUGCUCUACGUGCCCCAAGAGAUUCUCCAGACGCGGGAACUUGCUGACGCACAUGCGGACGCACACGGGGGAAAAACCUUUCGCCUGCGCCCUUUGCGCCAAAAGCUUCUCCCAGAAAGGUCACCUGGCGACGCACGCCCGGACGCACUCGGGCGGGAAGCCCUUCUCGUGCGCGUCGUGCCCGAAACACUUCUCGCAGAAGGGGCACAUGGUGUCGCACGCCAGGACGCACCGCCAAAAAAUGAAACGCAUCCUCGUCAUCGCCGAUUCUCACGUCAGACAGAUGUGUGAAAGGUCAAACGUACCAAAGGAGUUCCACGAGAAUCCGGAGGGGGCGGCCCCGGGCCUGCUCCGCGCCAGCUUCGGGGCCCUGUUACCGUCAGACGUGCUCAAAGUGAUCGUCGGCGAAGACCAGCAGCAGCAGGAUUGGCGUUCCAGAGGGGGGCAGGAGGUGCCGCCGCACCCCCGCAUUAAAGAAGAAGAGGACGAGGGAGACGACGGCGUCGCCACGCUCCCCCCGAAGAGAGAAGACGACCACGACGACCAAGACUUUCGCGACGGCUCAAGCGACGCGGACGGGGACUCCGACGGCGGCGACUCAGACGACUCCAAGGCGGAGGUGCCGUCGCGCGGCGCCGGCAAAAAGCGCUUGAGCUGCUCCCGGUGCCGCCGCAGCUUUGACAACAAGUACCAGCUGAUGCACCACACCAGGACGCACACCGGCGAGCAGAUCAUCUGCGCCGUGUGCGGGAAAAACUUCUCCAGCAAGAGCAACCUGCGCACGCACAUGGGGACGCACUCUGGGGAAAAACCGUUCACCUGCUCCGUUUGCGGCAAGGGCUUCUCCGUCAAGCGGUACCUCGCGUCCCACAUGAAAACGCAUACCGGGGAGAAACCGUACCCCUGCUCUGUGUGCGGCUCGGGCUUCAGCUACCGCAUGUCGCUGGUCCUCCACAUGAGGACCCACACGGGGGAGAAACCCUUCGCCUGCUCGGUGUGCGGCAAAAGCUUCUGCCAGAAGGGGCAACUGAGAGCGCACACGAGGACGCACACGGGGGAGAAACCCUUCCCGUGCGCCUUCUGCGGCAAGACCUUUUCCGAGCGCGGCCACAUGAUCUCGCACGUCAGGUCGCACACGGGGGAGAAGCCGCACCCGUGCUCGCUCUGCGGCAAAACCUUCGCCACCAGGAGGAACAUGACCAUACAUCUGAGGACGCACACCGGCGAGACGCCGUUCGGCUGCAGCGUUUGUCACAAGAGGUUCCCGCACAAGUAUCAGAUCACCAGACACAAGUGUACGAACGCGGGGGCUGACGAUGCGCAGUAGUGGACCCGGACUGGAGGACCUUGCCCCAACUUCAAAUUCUGCCCAUUUUUUGUUUCCUGUGCUGUGAGCCAGAUUUGGGUUAUGAACAAGCUUUUCUUGACAGUGUAUCUGUCACUCAAAUGCAGUCGAGAAAAUAAAAUAGAAGCGUUUCCCAUGUUGUCUGUCCUUUUCGGGCGUUUUGAUUUAUUGUUUUCUGUGAAAAUAAAAC